GAGGCGGGAGGAGCGCGUUUGACGCUCCGGGAGCUGUCAUUGGGGACGCUUCAGGGGGCGGAGCGGGACGGGCGGAGGGAGCCCGAGUGACAGCUCCGCCUGAAGGAGCCGGCCUGGCGGAGAUUCGGGCCGAGCCCCAGCGGGGAGGGCGGUGUGGCGCUAACGGGACGCCGGGGGGCUGAAGGGUGGCUGAGGGAGGAGGGAGCCCCGAGGCCCUGGCCGACGGCGCGCGGGCGGGGCAAGGGAGGAAGGGCCGGGGUCGGCAGGCGGGCAGAGGCCGGGCUGACUCGUGGUUCCCGAGACCCCCUUUGGACCCCAGCCCUAGCCGGCGGACAAUGGGAGAGGUAGAGAUCUCGGCCCGGGCCUACGUGAAGAUGUGCCUCCACGCCGCGCGCUACCCGCACGCAGCUGUCAACGGGCUGCUGCUGGCUCAGGCGCCGCAGGCGGGGGGCUGCCUGUGCCUCAGUGACUGUGUGCCUCUCUUCCACAGCCACCUGGCCCUCUCCGUUAUGCUGGAGGUCGCCCUUAACCAGGUAGAUGUGUGGGGCGCCCAGGGCAGUUUGGCGGUGGCAGGGUACUACCAUGCCAAUGCGUCACUGAAUGACCAGAGCCCCGGGCCCCUUGCCCUGAAAAUUGCUGGCCGAAUUGCUGAAUUUUUCCCUGGUGCAGUACUCAUCAUGUUAGAUAAUCGGAAACUGGUACCCCAGCCUCGAGUGCCCCCUAUCAUUGUCUUGGAGACUCGUGAUCGACGCUGGGUCCCCAAAGACAAGAACCUGGUGAUGUGGCGGGAUUGGGAAGAGUCAAGGCAGCUCCUUCGAGCAUUACUGGAAGACCGGGCCCACCGACUUCUCGUUGACUUUGAUGCCCACCUCGAUGAUAUCCGGCGUGACUGGACCAAUCAACAGCUUAAUACUGAAAUUUCCCAGUGGGUUGCUGCUGCCAAUGGAAGUGCCUGAACUGGGCCAGAGGGCUGGGCUAGAACCUUAAAUAAAAACACUGGGGAGUGAUGUGACAAAAUUUAUUGGUGCCCAGAAGGCAAGGUAUGGAUGAGAUGGGAAGUUCUAAAUGGAAGCUGAUCUGUGGCAAAACAGAUAAUCCUAGUUAAGGAGCAAUGGAGAAGGCAGGCAGGCUCUGUUUUUCAGUAGAUCAUUCCUUUUGUGUCUCCCCUGGGCUUCUUGAUCUUCUCAAAGUUCUUCAGGAUGAUGUCAUAUAAUACAGCCUGCAUAUCCAAGGAGGAAGGGGGUGGGAGUUAUUUGGAACCCUUAGCAGAGGCUCUUUAAUGGCUUUCUAAUCUAAGUAGGAGUUUAUUUUUAUUUCCUCUCUCAUGCCUCCCUGGGUACACUUCAUAAAACAUUUGUCCUGAAAUUACUGUUGUUUGCCUCCACAUCAAUCUUCCCUAUUUUGCCUAUGCUCUUCCACCAAACAAAUUCCAGAAUCUAGUUCCUUACAUAAGUAUUUCGGAUCUCCAUGACCAUCAAUCUUGUCUCUCCAUACUGUGCUUCAUCCAGUUCAUGAACCAGCUGUCGGUAGUCACCCUGUGAAGACUUCAGGGUUAGUUCUUCAUACUGGCCUUAUCUAAUGCCCCUCCUGCUCUUCCCAGUGUCAAUCCGAGGGGCUUCUUCCUGAAUAAUGCCUCCCUACCCACUCUGGACCUACUUUCUCACUCACCACAUGGGGCUGCUUUGCUGCUUUAGCCACUGCAUCACCCCUUUCAGAGAAGUAUCUAGAAAGGAAUAAGAAAAGUUAUGGGAUGUUUGAGAAAGUAAUGCUCCUUAUCAGGGGUAAACAGAGGAGAGUUAAAAAAAAAAAAAAAAAAAAAAAAA